GGGUUGGAAUCUAAGAUGCUUGGACAGGUGUGUGGACAAGACAGGCUUAGAGGGGAGAAUGGAACACAAGUGAGUGGAGCCAUUGAUACCUUCUCAAGAUGGCGUUAUGAGCGACGAGACCCUAACAAGAUGGCCGCCCGCUGCCGACCAAUCAGCGGCGUCGACCUCACCUGCCCUCACCAAGAUGGCCGCCCGCUGGUCCCGGUCCCGGUCCCGCCCCGGGCCGAGUCUCCCCAUCGACCGCAUGAAGAUGGCGGCGGAGAAGCGGCAGUUGGUGGCGUCGCUGCCGACGGACCUGAGGGUUUAGGAGCCGUUGCUGUGGACAGAGAGACGGGGACAUAAGCGGCCAUUGAGAGCAGCCUGGGUGCCGGUGAGCACCCCCUCCCCCAUCUGCUCGGUGUGUGAGCUGAGCUUCGACGGGCUUACCGUCAAUGGAGGGGCACAAGAAGAAGAAGCGUUAUGAGUGCGACGUGUGUGGCAAGGCCUGUCUCACCCCAGGCCUGCUGGAGAUCCACCGGCGGAUGCACACGGGAGAACGCCCCUUCGACUGCUCGGAGUGCGGCAAGAACUUCAAAUGCUCCGACAACCUGCAGAAGCACAGCCUCGUACACUCUGACAAGAGGCCCUUCACCUGCUCCGACUGCGGCAAAGGCUUCAAGUCGUCCACACAGCUGAAGUUGCACAGACGCGUGCACACCGGGGAGCGGCCCUACACCUGCAGCGACUGCGGCCAGGGCUUCACCCAGUCCAGCAACCUGCUGGAGCACAAGCGCACCCACACCGGCGAGCGCCCCUACACCUGCGCCCAGUGCGGCAAGGGCUUCCCCCGCUCAAACAGCCUGAUGGAGCACCAGCUCACCCACACCGGCAAGCGGCCCUUCACCUGCAGCGAGUGCGGCAAGGGCUUCACCCGCUCCAGCAAGCUGCUGGAGCACCAGCGCAUCCACACCGGCGAGCGUCCCUACAUCUGCACCCAGUGCGGCAAGGGAUUUACCCGCUCCGACUACCUGGUGUCCCACCAGCGCACGCACACCGACGAGCGCCCCUACAUCUGCACCCAGUGCGGCAAGGGGUACACCCACCCCAGCAACCUGCUGUUCCACCAACGCUCCCACACUGGCAAGCGACCCUACACUUGCGCCCAGUGUGGCAAGAGCUUCACCCGAUCUAUCCACCUGCUGUACCACCAGCGCAUCCACACUGGUGAGCGUCCCUACACCUGUACCCAGUGCGGCAAGGGCUUCACCCUCUCCACCCAGCUACGGGCCCACCAGCGCAUCCACACUGGUGAGCGUCCCUACACCUGUACCCAGUGCGGCAAGGGCUUCACCAGUUCCAGCCAGCUGCUGACCCACCAGCGGUUGCAUGCCGGCGACCGUCCCUUCCCCAGACCGGAGUGUGGAGAGAGCUUUGCCAUGGCCUCCGAUGCCCUGUCUCACGAGCGCGUGCACGCCAGUGUCCAACCCUACGACUGCCCGUACUGCGGUGAGGCGUUUGACAGCUCGCGGGGGUUGAGGCAGCACCGGCAGACUCAUGCCGGCGAGCAGCUGCUCCCUCUAUGACAAGCGUUUCAAGAGCGCACGGGGGCCGCGGGAGUACCAGCAGAUACACAUCGGAGAGAGACCCUUUGUGUACGCUGAGUGUGACAAGGGUUUCACCUGCAUGUCCAGCCUGCCUUCUCUCCAUACCCCCUGAUCCCCUUAGCGACAAGGGCCACAUCUAAUUCUUAAAUAUAGCCAAUGAACUGGCCUCAACUACCUUCUGUGGCAGGGAAUUCCAGAGAUUCACCACUCUCUGUGUGAAAAAUGUUUAUCUCAUCUCAGUCCUAAAAGACUUCCCCCUUAUCCUUAAACUGUGACCCUCUCUCAAGACACACAGUCCCUCUCUCUCUCUCACACACUCCCUCUCUUGCUCUCUCACGCACGCACUCUCUCACACACACAUUCUCACACACACUCUUUCUCACACACACACUCUCUCCUUGUAUCUAGACUAGGCAUGCAUUUUACCCUACAUGCACUCGGUCCGCCAAGGCCUGCUGGAUCUCCCAGUUACCAACCAUUUUAACUCCCCUUCCCACUCCCACGCUGAUCUUUCUGUCCUGGGCCUCCUCCAUUGCCAGAGUGAGGUUGAAAAUGCUAAUAGACAAAUCUAAAAUUGAGUUGUUCUUCUACAAAAGCAUAGUCUAGUAGAUCAAAAUAAUGGCUCGGUGCCGAGUCUGAAUGACUGCAAAUUAUAUUGAACACAAUAUGGAGGACACGUCUUUUUAAUAAAGACAUUAAGAUGGAAGCCUGCGUAAUAACAUGUGCUUCUUUCAAGGCCAUAAAGAAGCCAAGAGAUUGAUAAAAAAUAGCUGAUGCUCCAGAGAUAAGUAAUAAAUUGUUAUUGGAUAAGCUUGAUUUGGUCCCAGCUUUUCCUAUAUUCUGAAAGGCUACAAAAUCUUUCAGUCGUGCCAUAUUCAGACUAUGUAGGAGUGUUUUACUGAUAAGAAAAAUGUAUAAUUGUGCUAACUUUCCUUUGUUCUGAGAGUGGAGCACUGAGCAACGUUUGUGCUCAUUGUAGAUCUUGCCACUCCCGUCUGAUAAAUCAAUUAAAGAUUGCCAUGGUUUACUUUUAACAGAUUUGUUGCUAUCUGCUUUUUAAGAGACAAACUUUGACAAGGUGACACGCAAACUGGAGGAACAGCAGUGUCCAGACCGACACGUCUCCCGUCCAUUCCCCUCCAAAGGGCCGGUAGAACUCAGCAGGUCAGCCAUCCGUGGUGGGAAACGGAUGGAGAAGUGUUCCUAAUAUAAGCCCUCCUUGCCCCUGUCGAGCAGCAGACAAUCAACAGUACCAGCAUCUUUUUCAUUCAUACUGUACCCGUGAAAAUGCAAAAGUGAGCCAAGCUGCACACAGCCGACUGCUCACAGUACCAGCUGACUGCCACUGGCCCAAAAACUUAAAGGCAUUUAAAUGUGAUUUUUAAAGAGAGUUUUGACGCAUUUGUGCCUUACGUAACAAAUAAAGCAAGUUUAUCCUGACCUCACCGUGAAAGAGUUUAAUUUGGUCAAGUUUGGUUCGUAAAUUAAAAAUGGAGAUUUGCU